AUGAUGGAGGCAGAGACUGAUGCAUGGGAGGAGGUUGUUGCAUCGUUGCUGGACAGAUGCGAGGGAGCGACCCGUGAACACCGGCUUGCACGGUGGCACUUCGCUUGCGUGGCCUGGAUAGGAGCCGCGUUCAUAGGUAUGCUCCUUUGGGUCUUGCCCAUGUCCGGUCGUCGCACCUUGACGAGCAUCACCGUCGCGAUAUGCCUGGUGGAAAUCGGAGAAGGGUGGCGGCGAUAUGGUUUUGACAUUCCUUGGGGCAGGACGGUGGACUUACUCGGCGGUGAGCGGCCUCCGAGCCUGCAACCUAUCCCAAAUGACCAUUCUGGGGAGAGCGAUGCCCGCCCUGUUUUGCUUCAGAAGACAGCACCUAUCAAGUCAGCUGAUGACUCUUCGGUGGUACUGUUCCCAGCAUUGGGCUCGCUGGUGAAAUUCAAUGAAGGUCCACGAGUGUCUGCAGUGAAGACUAGCUUCGGAGUUGUGACAGGGGUCUCCUCGGUGGAUGUGACCGUCACUCUUGCAGGUGGCGCGCGUGUGGAAAAAGUGCGGCCCGAUGAUUUUGUGCUCACCUCGCUGGACGAAGUGCCCGGAGGGGAGGACGAGCGCAAUCGGCUGGAGGAGUUGAUGUUGAUUCACGUCUUUCUGGGCCGAAGUUGGAAGGCGCGAACCAUUGGAACCGUGCGGACAUUGCUGCUCUCCCAUGGCUACUUGGGGAAAGGUGUGGGCUCGCCUCCGCGAGUCAAAGAGUUGAAGGAGAAGUUGGAGGAAUUGUCAAUCGCCGGUGCGCUUGCCCACACCACGAGCGCCUUUCGCGACCAAGGCGAGGAUCCGUGGCCGGCAGAAGCAGGUUUGGACACUUGGGAUGCUGCGCUUCCACCAGAUCUGAAACGAGCUGGACCAGAAAUUUACACGUCGAUGAAAUCAGCUAGCGUACGUUGCGUUCGGGAUUGGAUCAACAGCAUGUUUUCGGUGGACCAAAGACAGCAUCCCCAGUACGUGGAGCUGUUUAAUCUUGCGUCUUUAGUGGAUUUCAAAGUCAAGGACGCGGGCUCACCAGCUCAAGUACUCAGCAUGAUUGGGCAGUGCGAUACUUGCGAAAUCGCAUUGAGGAGAUUGGCUUCUUGGAUUCACGAGAAGAGGACGGGUGACAAGGAUGCGGCUCAAUCGAUGUUGGCAGUGAAGCCGUCCUCUUUCGCCAGUGACAUUGCGCCUUCCUGGCUGGUCACAGAAGCUUCAACAUACAGUCAGAGCGAGUACAAGCGCAAGGAGAGAGCUCGUGCUCAGUGGACCGAGUCCACCAAAGGCAAGGGCAAGAAAGGAAAGGACAAAGGAAAAAAGGGCACGUCGGGCAAGGGGCCUAAGUCCUCCCAGAGUUGA